GGUUUAUUAAGAACAAAAUCUAUGAGCGUCGCCGUAUCAUAAGCGAAAUUCUGUUCUACCAUUAUUAUUAUUAUUAUUUCUCUUAAACAAACAAUCUUCGCUGCAAUCGAGGUAAACCAUUUACGGUGGAUGCCCUGCUCAUUUGCAGUGACACUGGAUAAAAGGUUGUAAAUAGUAGUAGGAGGUGGAACUCAUUCAGAAGAAAAUAAUGAGUGGAAAACAGCAAGACCAACAUUGUCGGAUUUCGUACUUGUAUCAAGCAGCACAUUAUUUACUUCAGCAUACUGAAGAAGCGAAAUUUUCUAAGCAUUACAUCUCCACAGCAAAGCAGGUAUCUCAGAAAUCUGUUUUACGGUUGCACCCUAAUAUUAAGAGAACAAUUUGCAAGAAAUGCAAUUGUCUUAUGGUGAUCGGCAAAACAUGUUCGGUGCGGACGGAAGAGCCAUCUAAAAGGAAACCUGAAUGCGAUCGUAGUUUAUGGGUAUGCAAUGAGUGUGGGACAACAAAGCGAUUUCCCCUUUCGAACGGAAAAAAAAAAAAAAAAGAAGGAUGAUUAUAGAAAUGAAAAAGAAAUGAUGGAGCCAUAAAGAAUUCCUGCAAUUGAGCCAAAUGAAAUGAAAGUCAUGAUUGUAGUUUUAUGCACACCAACAUUUGUUGAAAUUUUUUCGCUCUGUAUCAAGGUAGCAAAUUUAGUUUUUAGUCUUUUGAAAUUGCAGAGGCUUU